AUGCUUCCACCACCUGUUGUGACAUAUGAAAGUGUGAUUGAACUUUUUCAAAGUGCUCAAACAUUUGCCAAUUCUCAAGGUUAUGUACUGAUGGAGUUUACAGCAGCUCAAAAAUUCAUCAAAGACAAACAACUACCUGCAGGUUGCACUUCAGUUGAAGCAUUAAUAGAUGAGCUUAAAAAGGGUAAUUAUAUAUAUGAAUUCAAAUGUAAUGAUACAGUAAUGGAUAGAGAGUUGACUCUUAUAAAUGCUCUUAAAAUGACUUUUCCAGAUUCUACUAAUUUAUUAUGCUUAUGGCAUAUUAAUAAAAACAUAAUAAAAAAUUUUGAAUUUGAUAUGAAAUGGCAACAUUUCAUUUAUACUUAUACAAACAAACUGCAUAUUAUUAAAUAUCUUGAAGAAACUUGGAUUUCUUUAAAAGAGAAAUUCAUAAAGGCUUGGACAAAUAAGUUUCUUCAUUUAGGAACAACUAUUACUUCUUGCAUUGAGGAUGCUCACACUAUAAUAAAGACUUAUUUAUGUACAUCAGCAGGAGAUCUUUGUGAUGUUUGUAUAAAACUUUCCUUGGCAGUAAAUAAUCAAAAACAAGAAUUAGAUACUAAGAUUUCAUCAGAAAAAUUUCAUUUUCCAACUUUUGUACAAAAUAAUUCUUUUUAUGCAAACAUUAAGGUCAAAAUUUCAAAUUUUGCCCUUAAAAAGGUAGAUGAGCAGUACCAAAGGAUAAAAUGUGCUACUGCACAAGAUCUCUUACCACUAUGCACUGGAUCUUUCUUAAGCACAAUGGGACUACCUUGUUUAACACUUGACGAUUUCCAUGAACAUUGGUGGAUUCAAGAUUGUUCGUCAAUACCAUCUAUUGAGACCAACAUUCAAGAACUACAGCCUCUUUUGCAAACUUUACAAGAAAAGUAUGAAGAAUGGCCAGAACAUCAACAAUCAGCUGCUCAAGAGAAAUUAAACAAUUUGAUUAAUACUCUAUUAACAGUUUUGCAGAAUCCUCAAAUUGUUCGUACUAGAGGAAAACCUGCUAGUGCCUCUAAUCAUCAAAAAAAUGAUUCAACCAGAAGAGACCCUUCUGGGUUUGAGUUGGUAGAACACAAAAUAAAAUGA